AAAAUUGUCAGUGAAAGCAAAAAAGAAACACAUAAGCCUUUCCCUCCCAAUCAAAAGCCAAUUUCUUUAAAUUAGGGCCAAUCUAGAAUCGUCCAGAAUCCGAAUGCACGGUGAAAGGAAGUGCGUCGACCAUCUGGAGGAAUGCCGGUUUUUGAUGACCACUUCCUUGGCGACUGCCAUGAUGAGCCCGAAGGACUUUUGCCGCGUUGGUGGUUCGGUGGCUUUGCCUCGAUGUGCGUUGCCUUCGCAGUGGCGCCCAUUGAUAUCGUGAAAACUCACAUGCAGAUCCAAAGGCAAAAGCGUUCAAUUUUAGGCACGGUCAAAAGAAUACACUCUUUAAAAGGAUACUUGGGCUUCUACGAUGGCUUCUCGGCUGCCAUCCUGAGACAAAUGACCAGCACCAAUAUCCAUUUCAUAGUGUAUGAUACUGGCAAGAAAAUGGAGUACGUCGAUAGGGAUUCAUAUCUGGGAAAGAUUAUUUUGGGCUGCGUGGCUGGAGCUUGCGGUUCUGCGUUUGGUAUACCAACGGAUCUGAUUAACGUGCGGAUGCAAACCGAUAUGAAGGAGCCGCCGUACAAGCGACGCAACUAUAAGCAUGUCUUCGAUGGACUCAUUCGAAUUCCCAAGGAGGAGGGCUGGAAGGCACUUUACAAAGGUGGAUCGGUAGCGGUCUUCAAAUCAUCGCUAAGCACUUGCAGCCAGAUAGCUUUCUACGAUAUUAUUAAAACGGAAGUGAGGAAAAAUAUCUCUGUGAAUGACGGAUUGCCCUUGCACUUUCUCACUUCGCUGGGUACAUCGAUCAUUUCGUCUGCGAUCACUCAUCCCCUGGACGUGGUAAGGACCAUUAUGAUGAACUCCAGACCCGGCGAAUUUCGCACAGUCUUCCAAGCGUCUGUUCACAUGAUGCGCUUUGGCGUAAUGGGACCCUAUCGAGGAUUUGUGCCAACUAUAGUGCGAAAAGCACCGGCCACCACUUUGCUAUUUGUUUUGUACGAGCAACUGAGGCUCCAUUUCGGAAUUUGCUCCCUGGGAGGGGAGAAGUACAAUUAAGACGAUCGUGCUGCGCAUUCGGAAUUUGACAAAAAUACCAUGUGAACUUUUACCAACGUUUUUUUACGAUAAAGAUUUCCAUGUUAAUUCAAAGAAGUAUUUAAGUGCGCUUACUAAUGGAAUAAGAAGUCCUCGUAAAGCAGAAUUAUAGCAAAUAAAAAAUCGAAGCCCAGUGCUCACUGGAUCAUUGACCUCAAGAACCUUUUCCUUCCGCCGAACGAAACAUCAACCACAACUGGUCGCAUUAUAAAUUGAUUACAACUCGCAACGUGACUAAUGAACAUUAAUUUGUCCAACUCCUUGACAAGGAGGACGCAGUUGUGCCACCGAAGAUGGGGCUAAAUGCCAGCACGUGCUGUGUGUGUAGUUCUAGUUUAGAUGCCGCCACGAUGACAACUAGGCGUAUGAGCAACAAUGCCCGGACAACGUUGGCGGACUCCGCCAUCCCAUCCUGCCGCCACACAUCCCUCCAGUGCCGCAUUCUGCGUUGUGUGGGUGUCGUGUCACGUAAACGUGGGUAAAUGUUGCACGUAUGAACGGCAUUGUUGUGGAUGGCUGGCGAGCAUAUGGAGGACACUCCGGCUAUUACUCCACACGCACCCACUCUCGACUACCCUUUAAUCGUGAUUGCAAUCAUUGUGGAAAUUGAAUUUGUAAGUAGGCAAUUUUAGAACGAUGGCAAGGCGCAAAAAUAAGAAUAACGCGACUCAAUUAAACUGAAUAAAAGCUCGAUAGAUAUUACUCUCACAACCCUCUACCUU